AUGAACUCGAACAAGUCAAUCAAUCCUGAUGAGGCUGUGGCUUACGGUGCCGCUGUGCAGGCGGCCAUUUUGAGUGGUGACAAGUCUGAGGCUGUGCAGGACUUACUGCUUUUGGAUGUCGCCCCAUUGUCAUUGGGCUUAGAGACUGCCGGUGGUGUAAUGACUGCAUUGAUCAAGAGGAACACCACGAUUCCGACCAAACAAACUCAGACAUUCACCACUUACUCGGACAACCAACCUGGUGUAUUGAUUCAGGUCUACGAAGGCGAGCGUGCAAUGACAAGGGACAAUAACUUACUUGGGAAGUUCGAAUUGUCAGGCAUACCUCCUGCACCUCGGGGUGUGCCUCAGAUCGAAGUGACCUUCGAUAUUGAUGCCAACGGUAUUCUGAACGUGUCGGCAGUCGAUAAAAGCACUGGAAAACAGAACAAAAUCACCAUUACAAAUGAUAAAGGGCGCCUGUCGAAGGACGACAUUGAUCGGAUGGUUGCCGAUGCAGAAAAGUACAAGGCGGAUGACGAACGCCACCGCGAUCGCGUUGCGGCAAAGAACGCUUUGGAAAGCUAUGCUUACUCAAUGAAGCAGACUGUGGAGGAUGAGAAAGUGAAGGACAAAUUGUCUGAUUCCGAUCGUAGUACCAUCACAAGCAAAUGCGACGAGACUAUCAGCUGGCUGGAGAACAACCAGACUGCGGAGAAGGAUGAGUUUGAGCACAAGCAGAAGGAGCUCGAGAAGGUUUGCGCCCCGAUUAUCACCAAGAUGUACCAAGCCACUGGGGCUGGAGGUGAAGGUAUGGGUGGUAUGCCUGGUGGUUUCCCGGGUAAAGCUCCUGGAGGAGGUUCCGGAGGAAGAGGACCUACCAUCGAAGAAGUUGACUGA